UUCACUCACAAAAGCGCGCGCUACCACCACCAGCAGCAGCAGCAGCAGGCGUAGCUAUAAAUGACAGCAGGGGCUGCGGCUGUUCGCAUUGCUCUAAUAGCUCUCUAGAACGAAGGCUGUUGAUCGGCUGCUGCUGCUGCUACUGCUUUAUAACUGACUCCCGUGCUGCUACUGCUGCUGUGUAGUGGUGGUGGUAGUGUUAGAAGUGUUUCGAGUGUGCACGUAUAUUCCUACGUCGGUGACUACCUACCUACACGAGACGACCAACCACCAUGCCUAUAUCCGUCGCCAAGAUGUUCUCGCGCACGAUAAAGAGCGGCAAGUCAUCGAGUGCCGUCUCCGAAAAGCAGGCUUCCCCGAAGCCAUUCCGGGCCUCCUCUUCCUCGUCUUCCUCUUCCUGUAAUCGCAAGCAGCAGAGGAGACACUGUCAUCACUGUUGUCACUGCGGAUGCAAGGCCGCACGCAAGCAGAGAAACACAGAUGCGCAGGACCGGCGACCCGCGUCGCAGGAGAUGCAGUUCCACCCGAUGUGCGGCGAGAACGUUCACUUGUCGGACGACGGCCGCGUCGCGCGCCGCUCCGACAGCUUCUGCAAGGGCGUCGCGUUCGGCCGGCGCGCGGUCGCCGUCGACGAGCGCGUGUACGUGCGCUUCCUCGAGUGCUCGCGCAACUGGAGCGGCGUGCUGCGCUUCGGCUUCACGGCGAACGACCCCGGUCGCGAGGUCGCGACCCGGCGCGACCUGCCGCGCUACGUCUGCCCGGACAUGACGAACAAGGCGGGCAACUGGGCGAAGGCGCUCGGCGACAAGUACGCGGAGAGCGGCAACGUGCUGUUCUAUUACGUGACGGCGGCGGGGGACCUGCGCUACGGCAUCAACGAUCAGGACAAGGGAGUGUUCCUGAGCGGAGUCGCGACGACGGGGCCGCUGUGGCCGAUGCUCGACCUGUACGGCAACACGACGGCCAUCGAGUUCCUAGAUACGCGGUUCCCAGCACUGAACAACGAGCGCGAGACCACCGGCACCAGACACCAGCAGGACGGCGGCGGCACGGCGGGCGUGACGCGGACGCUGCGCACGCUCACGCUCGACGACUCGGUGCCGCUGCCUCCCGUCGUGCACCACAACUACGCGCACCUGCAGCCCGUGAGCCUGCACGUGACGCACGGCUUUAACGUGCAGGUGUCGCCGAGUCGCACGAUCGCGAGCCGCCUCGACGACGAGUUCUGCAACGCGUACGUGUUCGUCAGCCGGCCCGUGCGCCUCGGGGAGCGCAUCGUCAUACAGGUACUGAGAACGGAGAGCGUGUACGUGGGAGGCAUCGGAUUCGGCUUGACCUCAUGCGACCCCAACCGCAUCUCGCCGCGCGAGCUGCCGGAGGAUUCGGACCUGCUCAUCGAUCGGCCCGAGUACUGGGUGGUUAGCAAGGAUGUCGCCAACACGCCGCAGCAGGGCGACGAACUCAGCUUCAUGAUCAACUACAACGGUGAGGUGCACUAUAGUCGUAACGGAGGGCCGAGCACCAUAGUGAUGUACGUCGACGCGACGCAGCCGCUCUUCAUGUUCUUCGACGUCUACGGCAACACGCAGGCGAUGCGACUCCUCGGCUCCCUGCACGCGAACAUCGCGCGAGCCGCCAUGACGCGCCCCGCGUCCUCCCCUUCCUCCCACACCGCCGCUCACACCACCCCGCCACGCCGCCCACCAC